AUGGGUUUGGUGGCCGAAGAGGCAGUAGUGGAUGUGUGGCCAUUAAAAAUGCCUUUGAACCUUUUUAAAAGAAUCAUUUACUUCUUUUCAACUGGACUUCAUACCAUGGUCAACAUCUCUGUUUUUAUGAAUUAUAUAUGCAUUAUUGGAGGCAGUGAGAAGAAAUCUAUGCACCUUAUUCUCACCCAUUUGGUUUUUACAAAUACAAUACUGCUUCUUUCCAAGGGAAUACCGAGGACAAUAGCAACUUUUGGCUUAAGAAAUUUCCUGGACAGCACAGGUUGUAAGAUCAUUAUGUACCUGGAGCGGGUGGCCCGGGGUCUCUCGAUCUGCACCAGCAGUCUCCUCACCGUGGUCCAGGCCAUCACCAUUAGUCCAAGACACUAUGGGUGGAGGAAGCUCAAUCCCAAAUCAGUAUGGCACAUCUUUUCCUUGCUUCUACUAUUUUGGAUUCUGAAUUCCUUGAUAAGUAUGAACUUGUUCUACAUCAUAACAGAUGUCAAACUGAACUCAUCAAAAGCAGGUAAAAGUGACAACUAUUGUCGUUUUCUACCAAGAAGCCAGAAAAUUAACUCGAUUUUUCUGACUCUUUUCACCCUAAGAGACGCCAUAUGUCAGGGUGUCAUGGGUGGAUCCAGUGUCUAUAUGAUGUGUCUUCUCCACAGGUACCACCAGCGUGUUUUCCACUUGCAGCUCUCCAAGUUCCUCUACCAAAUGCCACCUGAGCUCAAAGCUGCACAAAGUGUUCUUCUUCUGAUGUUUUCAUUUCUUUUCUUUUAUUGGACAGAUUGUUUAUUAUCUUUAUAUUUAAUUUUCACCUUCAAGAAUGACUCCAUAACAACAAGUCUUCAAGAAUUUCUGGUACUUGGCUAUGCAAUGCUUAGUCCAUUUGUGCUGAUUCAUAGAGAUAGACACUUGACUAAAUGCUGGAAUGCUUAG